AUGAAUGUUAGCACUCCUCUUUACAUGAGUCCAUAAACUAUAAUCAAAUCAUAAUAUAACGCCAAAAGUGAUAUUUGGAGUCUCGGUGUCUUCUUUUAUGAAAUUCUCUUUGGAUACCCGCCCUGGUAAGCAUAGGCUCAAUAAGAAUUGAUUUUUAAGAUUCUCAAUUAACUUAUCUCAUUUCCAGAUGUCCCUAAAGUAUCUGAAACUGCAAAGGAUUUUAUCAAAUAAUGGUUCAUCGUUGAACAAUAUUUAAGAUUAGGAAUUGCAAAACUAUAAAGACAUCCUCUGGUAAAGAAAGUAUAAAAAAGCAGAAAGAUUUGA